CGCCGAGGCUUGCAAGUUUCGACAUAGGGAUUUAACGGCGAGAUUGGAGAGAAUCGCGCGAUUAUCGUUACGUUUUAUAUCCGGGACUGCAUUUGCGGCAACCCCGACAAGAUCGCCGCAAUGAAAACAAGGGGGUUGGGCGUUUCGUUGUUGCCGGCACUUAUUGUUAGACGCGAGAUAUUAAGCGAGACGUAUUGUUUCUAGUUUCCAGAUAUCUACGAAGCCGUAACGAUUAACCCGAAUCGGGCCGAGGGACGAUGAUUCGAUGAUUCCGGACGUGAGCAAGAUAAGAAAUUGCAAUUAUUUUAUCGACCAAUACGAAGUUUUGUUAAACUAACUUUAUUAUCUCUCUAUUAUCCAGAGGCAUUAUUUUUUUUUUUAAGGUUCGAUGCACCGGGACAAUUUGUUUCGCGCCGGACAGGCAGACAUCCAUUUUUCACUUUCACGUUAGAAACGUGCGUCAAGCGCAAAUCGCCUUAACAUAAAUAAUCUUUCUUUUCACGUUCGUUAACGAAACUGACGUUGAAACUGACAAAUAUUACAACCGACGCCAGUGCUAGUCGAAACCGACUAAAACAGUUAACCCGGAAUCGGUCCAAGUAACCUCAUCAUUAAUCUCCCCGACCCCCUUUUCUCAAUUCCUCUAUAUCGCCCGACUUCACAGUCCAAUAAAACCUUUCGUUAUCGUGACUUUGCAUAAACUUUCUCCUCCACGCGGUUCAACGCGUUAAUCCAUUUAUAUUUUAUCCCCUUAAAAGGGUUGAGUACAAAACGCAUCCUAGAUACGUUACAUCUCCACCUUGAUAUCCUUAUAUCCUUGAUAUAACGAGUCGCAAUAACGAGCAUCCAUUCCUCGCUGUGUACACUAUAUAUCUUUCUUCUCAGGGAGACUGACUCACGUUUAUUUCAUAAGACGAGUCAUGAGAGUGUCAAUCAUAAACGGCAAACAAAUAUAUGUAUAUAUAUAUACACACACGAUCGUAAAAGUCGAAGAAACGCAGAGAAACGUUAAAGAAACGCCGGUUUUUCCACAGGCACCCGUCAAUUUCUACGAUUGUACGUACGUGCACGAACCACCCCCUUCUCUCUCGUGCACCCUUAAUGGAAGCAGCUAGCUAGCUAGCUAGCUCGCUCGCUCGUUAAUUAAUUGUAAUGCCGCGCCGAUUCAGAAGCGCAUAGCUUGACUGCUGCCGGUCGAGAGUCGCCGCUGCAAGGGUGGUUCACCCCUCGCGGGCGGGGAGAUAGGGAAUCCGGGGAGAAUUACGCCCCCGCGGUAAUUAGUACUAAUAAACGAGGGGCAGAAACCCGUGGCACACGCGCGCCAACCUCUCUCGCCAUGUUUACGCGAGAGGGGGCAAAUUAUUUUUCAAAGUGUCAUUCCCUUCCCCCUCCUCGCCACUACCUCAUCCCUUCCCUUUUUUUUUUCUUUUUUUUUUUCUUCUCUUCUCCUCUUCCCGUCCCUUUUUCCGUCCCCGACCACCGAACCACGCGGACUCGAUACCGUGGUUCGUUCGCUCUGCGAAGGGUGGAGAGCGAGGGGAGGGAAUGGGAUGAAUCGUUGCUGUUGCUGGUUUUUGGGAGCUGGUUUAUUUUUUUUUUUUCUCUCCUCCUUUUUUUCUUUUUUUCGAUCUCUCUUUCUUUAUGGCGCGCGGAUUACCCGAGGAAAAUUGAAUUUUUGCAACGUGAGGACGAGCGGAGGUGCUCGUAAUUCAUCGUUCGAACGAUCGAUCGAUAUCGGUUUUCGCUUCGUGGUUGUUGCUUCGAUCUUGGGCGCAACUCGAUUUCGUCCAUGUACUUCUUGCACUCUCCGUGAAGAUUAAAGAAAUUGUUAAAGGAUCGAGGAAGAGGAGUAUCCCGAUUAACAGCAGUUUUCGUAAUCCGCGUUCGUUCACGAGCGUAAAACUGUACGCGGCGAGGGCAGUUUGGCUUUUUCGCGACUCCGCCUCGUUUCCACGAAUAUGAAUAUGCAUGCGGUGUACCACCGUGCAGUUGUGAGAUAUUUACCGAAGAAUUUUAUUGCGUUCCCUCGUAUUAUGCCAACGUAGAAGAGCGUAAGGGGAGUGUAGGGGGGAGAGGGAAGUAUUUUUUUUGUUUUUUUUUUCCUCGCGAGGAGGCUGCGUUAUUCCAAUAUGUACGACAACCUGUAAAAUGGUACUUGCGUUUCUUUACCUUUGCACGAGUACUUGCAUCGUGCACGUACUUCCACCUUCGUUAUGUAAUAACCAAGCGUAUGAAAAGGAAUCUACCAAAGUAUUUCUUCUUCUUUCCUUUUUUUUUUUCCUUUUUUUUUUGUUCUUUUUUAAUCAAAACAAAACGUAUCUCUGAAACGUAUCUUUUCAUAUCUAAAAGAUACACUGCGUAGAAAUAUCAAGCUUAACUUUUCAUUAAAAUUUCACGAAAAAAGGUGGCACACUUUUCAUAACAUUUUCUUUAAAAUUCUACGAAAUUUCUACUACGACGAGAGGUUAAAAAAAUUUGCUUUGUUCGAGGAGACGGGGAGAUUUCGAUGAAUGCCGGAAUCGAAUCGAAUCUCGCCGUUCUCGAUUCGAGAGUUUUUCUUUUCUUUUCAAAGUUAUCGACGUCGAAACUUCUCGUCGAUCAUCGAUAAUGGUCGACUUUCUCACAGUCUCCAGAUUCUAGAUGUCGUUCUAGAUGGAAUCCUUGGAGUGUCGGGCCUCGUUUAACAUCAAGUUCAUCUCUGGAAUCGUACGCGCAUCUUUGUCCAUCCGUGAAACUCUUUAACUAAAAUUUCUCGAAAUUUUCACAACAGCGAAAAAUUUCCAAGAUAUUCUCCAUCCUCCGUAUCAUCAUCAUUAAUAUUAUUACAUUGUCGAUGGAGGAGAAUUUAAAAAGUGAAACGGCCACGAGUUUUGUCGGUUGCAAAACGAUCCUAGCCUUUCCACUCGAAGCGAGGAUCGCAACAGCACGAGCGACGCAUAAAUACACGUUUCAUCAAAGUUGAAAUUGGACACUUGGUCGGUCAGUUCGUUAGCCACGAUUGCUUUUUCACCCCUGAUAAAGGGGUGUUCGCGGAGGCCGCGUGACCGAAGGGGUUUUCUAAAAAGCGCGUUUGUUCCAGCCCACUGGCAAUUUCAUUCGAUAUCGCGAAAUAAAAAAAAAAGAAAAGAGAAAGAAAGAGAGAGAGAUACAUUCAAUUCACGAUGCAACGGCUCGCUUUAAUGCCGUGCUUCGCGGCCAUUUUUAUAACCGCGAACACCUGUUUUUUGCGGCAACUUUGUAUCCUAUAUCUCUUUGCUUCGUCUCCUGUUUUCCUAGCUAGUGACAGACUCGAGCGUGCAACAAUUUUAAAUCCGAAUCGAAAUAUAAUCGUUCGUUUGCUGCACGCUCGGAAGUUUCGAAUAAAAUUUCGAAAGAUAUUGGUGAAUUUCUAAAGAUAAACGGAAAGAAUCCUAUGCGACUCGUCAAUCUGUCUCGAGCGAUCUACCUAUCGCGAUCGAUUCAUACCCAUCGCUACUUCCGUUCCCAUCGCUUUACAAACGACAAGCGCGUUCGUUUAACUUGCAGAACGCGCGCGAUACAACCGUAACAAUUCGCGUGACAUCCAUAAACUAUUUGCACGAUAUUGAACGUUUACGAGUCAACUUUGGCCAGGUUAUCCGCCUCGUUUUAUUUACUUCGUCAACACCCCCCGCGACCGAUGUCGAUUAUCCUUCGCCUACACGCGUCUCGCUAUUUUGCGAAUAACGCGUUGCCCCGUGUGAAAAAAAAAAAAAAGAGAAAAAUACCCGUUCAAAGGAACGAUAAUAACAGGCUUUUGUCGCGGGUGAUACCCGAUAUAUCGAUACCGUGUUAAUAAUUUGACAAGCUUUCACUUUUAACGAGCCAACGUAUUUCCACCAACAUUAAACAUUUGAUGGUUGCCGCUUUGCCCCGUAAAUUUUCCGGUCUUACAGUUUUUUAACGAGCCCCAAGCGCGUUGAACGCUUCGAUGCCGCUGGGCGAGUAAAUUUUCCGGUGUUUCAUAUUUUCCUCUCCUCUCUUUUUUCCUCUUUUUCUUAUUUUUUGUUCUUCCUUUCUUCUUCUUUUCUUUUUUCCACGAUUUUUUUUCAACUCCGCCUCCUUUCGCGAAAGGGGAACAACAGGCUCGAGCGGAGAUUCGCGUCGAGUAUGAAUAAUGCUCGAGGAGAUCGUAAAAAAAGAAAAAAAAAAAGAAGAAGAAGAAGAUUUACCAGGAUCCCUUACCGUUGACGGGGACGCAAUGUUUUCGAAGGAUACUAUAGAAGAAGGGGGGGAGAGGGAGGGGAAGUACCGAAAGAUUCGAGGAAAAUUGAGCGGGAGAAUGGAAAUUUAGUCGAGGUGUUUCGCCACCCACGUUUUAGAUGGUUCUCUUUAAGCGGAUUGAGAGGGGAAAACGCCGAAGAGGAGGCAUCGCCGUCGAAAGGUUCCUCUAAUCAGGCGGGACUUGGACGACUCUUCGGACGAGGUGGUGUCGUUUCACGAUCGACAAUUGCGCUCGAUCCAGUUCUACGACAUGGAGCACAAGUGGAAACACGUGGCGAAGAAACGCGGAUCGACGAGGCGCGAGAGAUUUUCGAGCAGGGCGAGGAGAGCUGCGACAGCUCGCAAGGAACGGGUAUGGGAUCACGGGGUGAUCCCGUACGAGAUCGAUGGAAAUUUUUCCGGCGCCCACAAAGCUCUGUUCAAACAGGCGAUGAGACACUGGGAGAAUUUCACUUGCGUUAAAUUCGUGGAGAGGGUCCCCCAGGAGCAUCCUAAUUAUAUACUGUUCACGGAGAGGCCUUGUGGAUGCUGCUCGUUCGUCGGGAAGAGAGGAAACGGGCCACAGGCGAUAAGUAUCGGGAAGAAUUGCGACAAGUUUGGAAUAGUCGUCCACGAGUUGGGGCACGUAGUUGGUUUUUGGCACGAGCAUACCAGACCCGAUCGCGAUCGCCACGUGCAAAUUAUCCGUGACAAUAUCAUGUCCGGCCAGGAGUACAAUUUCAACAAAUUGACCGAGGACGAGGUGAAUUCCCUCGGUUUGCCCUACGAUUACGACUCCAUCAUGCACUACGCGAAAAACACGUUUUCAAGGGGGACGUAUUUAGAUACGAUCUUGCCGAUGGAAGUUCACGGGAAAAAGCGGCCCGAGAUUGGCCAGAGACUUCGACUCAGCGAAGGGGACAUCGCUCAGACGAAUCUUCUUUACAAAUGUUACAAGUGUGGCAGAACGUUUCAAGAAAACAGCGGAAGUUUCGGAUCUCCGACUCAUCCGAACAGCUCGCCGCCAUCCGAGGGCGAGAGAUGCGAAUGGAGGAUCACGGCCACGCAUGGCGAACGAAUAGUCCUCAACAUUACGUCAUUGGAUAUAUUUAAAAGCAAUUUUUGUCGCAGCGACUAUCUCGAGAUUAGAGACGGAUAUUGGUACAAAAGUAACGUGUUGGGUCGAUACUGCGGAAGCGGUAAAAUCCACGAGCCUGUGGUCUCGACCGGAAGUCGAAUGCUGGUCACAUACGUGACGUCCAACUAUCAGUCGGGGCAUCGUGGUUUCGCGGCGUCCUACGAGGCUGUUUGCGGUGGUGAAAUCGAGCUGGAGGACACCGGCCAUUUGGAGUCGCCCAACUACCCGGACGGUUAUCAAUCGAGCAAGGAGUGCGUCUGGAAAUUGUCGGUGCCCCAAAACUUCCAAGUGGCGUUGAAGUUUCAAUCGUUCGAGAUCGAGAAUCACGACAAUUGCGUGUACGACUACGUGGAGGUGCGGGACGGUCAUAACGCGGAUUCGCCAUUGAUCGGGGUUUACUGCGGUUACAAGAUACCUCCGGACAUCAAGUCCACGGGCAACAAACUUCUGGUGAAGUUUGUUAGCGAUGGGUCUGUGCAAAAGGCUGGAUUCUCGGCCACGUUCAUGAAAGAAUUCGACGAGUGCGUGUUGAUCGAUCACGGUUGUGAACACAAUUGCAUCAACACUUUGGGCGGAUUCGAAUGUUCCUGUAAACCUGGCUACGAAUUACAUUCCGAUGGAAAACAUUGCGAAGACGCCUGUGGCGGAGUGUUCGAGGACAGCAACGGAACUAUCACGAGUCCCUCGUUUCCGGUAACUUAUCCAGGAAACAAGGAUUGUGUCUGGGAGAUCAUAGCUCCGCCCCAAUACCGUAUCACGCUCAAUUUCACCCAUUUCGAUCUCGAAGGUACCAAUGCUCGUCAACAGGAAUGCGAAUACGAUUCCGUGGAAGUGAGCAGCAAACUUGGAGACGAUAUUUUGAGAAAACACGGAGUUUUCUGCGGCUCGAGGUUACCAUCGCUUAUUACCUCGGAGGGCAACUCCAUGAGAGUAACCUUCACGUCUGAUAACAGUAUCCAGAAAACUGGUUUUGCUGCAGUAUUCUUCACCGACAUGGACGAGUGUGCGACAAACAAUGGCGGUUGUCAACACGAGUGCAGAAACACAAUAGGCUCUUAUCAAUGCUCGUGUCAUAACGGAUUUACGCUUCACGAAAAUGGACACGAUUGUAAGGAAGGCGGUUGCAAGUACGAAAUCGCCGCACCUAUGGGUACUAUAACAUCGCCAAACUAUCCGGAUUAUUAUCCUGGCCUGAAAGAUUGCGUCUGGCAUUUUGUUACCAAGCCGGGCCAUCGUAUUAAAUUAGUUUUCAAAGUUUUCGAGAUGGAAUCCCAUCAAGAAUGCAAUUAUGACCACAUCGCGAUUUACGAUGGCGAUUCGCCGGAUAGUCACGUUCUCGGCAAAUUCUGCGGUACCAAAGAGCCCCAUCCAAUCUUGGCAACUGGGAAUCAAAUGUACAUGGUAUUUAAGAGCGAUGCUUCCGUCCAGAGGAAAGGUUUCUUUGCAACUCAUAGCACGGCUUGCGGUGGCCAUCUGGUGGCAACGAACGAAGUCAGGCAUUUGUACUCCCAUGCGAGGUACGGUGUCCACAAUUACGACCACAGGACCGAUUGCGAUUGGGCAAUCGAGGCGCCACCGGGUAAAAACGUGCAUCUGACGUUCGUCACGUUCCAACUAGAAUCGGAGAGCGAUUGCAAUUACGAUUUCGUCGAGGUGUAUUCCGGCCUGGACACGUCUGGCCUCCUCUAUGGACGAUUCUGUGGAAAUAGCAAUACCACCGACUUUAUUUCGAUAAACGAGGCGCUGCUAGUAAGGUUCAGAACGGACGACACGAUAUCGAAUAAAGGGUUCAUGGCGUUGUUCGUCGCUGUCGACCGUCAGGAUAGCGGCGAGAAUUACGGAGGUUCGGAGGAUGAAGACGCGGACGAGGAGACUCUCUGAUCCGUGACAGGCCUCGCCAAUCGAGUAGGCUACGGAUUCCACAUUGGUUCGCUGUUGCGGAAUAACGAUCAAGGCGACGAGUAAAUCUCCGGAUUACUCGUAGAAAAACAUUUCAAUCGGAAUCCAGGACAUAGCCCAUGGCAAAUGUGAAUCUUGCUCGAUCGUCGAGGCCGCGAAUCUUGUUCCAUUCACGAAUUACGCAUUCGAACAAGGUGAAAUGAAUCGAAUGAUUAAAAUAUCGAUCCAUUGGACUUGGAAGAUUUAUAUUCAACGAUUAAAACGGGUGAAUAAAGGCGUUUCCCCUCGUGAGUUAAUCCGAGUGUCUCUCUCUCGUGUCAAGGAUAAUUUAUUCCGUCAGCGAUGACGUUAGAUAACGGCUUAACCAUUUGGAUUAGCGAUUUACGAUCCUGAAAUUCGGCCUAGGUUCAGGCCAAUCGUGCCAUUGUACGUUUGUAGGUAGAGAGCGCGUUACACUGUUAACUAUUAUUCGAAUUUCGAAUCCAGUGAGAAACGACGAUGAUUUAAAGAGGAAUGGCGAAUCAACACACCUUUUGUGUUGACAAAAGUGAUUUUCUGAUAUUUGAUCGAACAUCGUCUCAUCGGUGUUACGGAAUUAUUUCGAGUAAUCGAUAUCGAUGCGAUAAGAAGGCAUAAAGAAGAAUAAAAAAAGGAAUAAAAAUAAUUCCAUACUCGACAUUAUUCUUUCAAACACUGCCCUGUAACAAAUGAUUCGAUCACUUUUUUCUCCAUAAUCUAAUUCUUUCCAAUCUUGUCUUUUCUUCUCUUCUUUUUCUUUUCUUUUUCUUUUCUUUUCUUUUUCUUUUAUGGACGUUUAUGAUACUUUUCGAAACGUUUCUUUCAAACCGUAUACGUGAACGAAUAGUUUUAAUGUCGCCAUACAGGAAUGUGAGACGAAAACGAGAGUCGUGUUUUAAAGAUGAAUGGAGAAAGGAAAAAAAUGACGAGAAAUAUUUCGCUCGAACCUAUUUGAUGGAAACCUUCCAAACGACAACUCGUGCAAACAACUUGAAAUAAUCUAGAUGUAAAUUUUAGUUAUAGCGCUGAUCGAUCCUGAAAAAAAAAUCAGCGAUAGAAGUCUUACGGCGAACCUCGAACGACGACCGAUUUCGAUCGACGUUCCUUUUCACGAGGAUCUCGCCAAGCGUUUAUUGUACAUAGAUAAAAGUUUUUAGAUGUAGACGUCGUGCCGUUUUAUAUCGUAGUCAUAGGAUCGACGACGAAAAAAAAGAAAAAAAAAUGAAAUGUCUCGCUAUCGUGUGAAUUCAUGGAUUUUUGAUGGUUCUCAGGCUCUGUACUUUCGUCUGUGCGUCUCAGAACGAUAAAUAUUUAAAAAUAUUUCGAAUAAUUAGGUGUUUAUGAAUUUGUUGAGGAAUGAAAUAAUUCCAAAUUGACGUAUUGUUAGGCAUACGUUGAAUUGACAUAAACUAGACAAUAGUAUUCGAUACAAAUUAUUGGUACACCGUGAAAGUUCAGCUAGAGCAAAUAGAAAUCUUUAAUAAAUUUAUCGUAGAUAAUAAUACUCUGGAGUUGCGAUAUUUUGGACACUUCGUAUUAAACUUGCAGAUAAACGAUGAGAAAGAUUAAAUUUAAGAUCGAAGACGUAUCCUAUCGAAAUACUCGUGUUUCUGGCAUGAAACGUUAUUCUUUGUACACUGUUUAAGAAAAAAAUAACAUGUAAAAGAUUAAUCUUUAAUAGCUAAAAAUAUUGUUCAAGAAUAAGGAACGAUAUUAUUAUUAAAUUUUCAAAAUUUUUGCCAAUUUUUCUACGUAUUUCACUGCCCGGUGUAUAAUUUUCUCGAUGGUAUACGGAAAAUUAAAAAGAAAGAUGAUAUAAUGAUAUAUUCUUAUCUUCUUUUUCUAUUGUUCGAUAACAAUGAAUAGAGCCUAUAUUAAUUGAAAUUAAUUAAAAAGAAAUACGAUGAAUUUGAAGUUUCUUUUGCAGAUGUACACGUACACGUUCAUAAUGUUGAUCCUUUGAAAAGAAAAAAAGUGAAUGAAAAAUUCGUAUGCCUAUAUAGGAUAAUAAAUACCUUGUCAUUAUCCGACGAUAAGAGCAAUAUUAAGCGCCGCGUCAAGUUCCUUUUUGUAAAUUAUAUGUGAUUUAUUUGUUCUCAGAAAUACACGUUAUAGGCACUCUAUAUAUUAUCUAAGCAAGUAUAUACAAC